AUGGCGUGCACAUUUCAGGGCGAUCGCGUCACACUCCAGGGGCGCUGGUUUGAGCCCACAGGUCCCAGUCGUGGCCUGGCGGUUAUCGCACAUCCGUAUGGCUUCUUGGGCGGCUCACAGGACGAUGUGACUGUUAAGAUUAUUGCACGCAUCCUUACACAGCAAGGACUUUAUGCCGUGACAUACAAUGCUCGUGGCAUAGGCGAAUCCGAGGGUCGCGGGUCAUGGUCGUUGCAGCCAGAGGCCUUCGAUAUGCGACUCGUGGUCCAGCAGGCGAUGGAGCAAACGCCGGCCUUCACAUCCACGUCGCGGCCGUUGCUUUACAUCGUAGGAUACAGUGCUGGGUCCCUGCAGGCGUCCACCGUGCGGCCCAUGAAGACAGGCAGAUGGGCCGACGCCUACGUGCAGUAUGUGUUGCUGUCGUACCCAUUAGGUGUCCGCUGGGCUCUCACGUCGUUUCACACGCUCAAAUUCAACGCAGCGCUUGAGGAAUUGAUCCGCCUGGACAAGUCAUCGUCCUCUACCUCUGUGUGUGUCAUCUAUACCACCCGGGACCAAUUUACAUCCCAAGAGGUGCGUACAUUCUCUAUCGUUCUCACUCUCCAGAGCUACGCCACAUGGAUCGAGCAUCUACGUACAUUAUCCCCCCACCUGGUCGUGCACAGAGUCGAGGGAGAUCACUACUGGCGCGAGCCGUCCAUGCAACGUACGCUCAUUGAGACGUUGCGGGCCCCUCAGCACUGA